UUCUAGCUCAUACCACUAUAUAUACCCUCUCAUGCCAACCCCAUUUAAUAUCCCAUCCAACACAAAAGCACAUAAUAUUAUGUCUAGUCUUGUUUUUUUCCUCCAACUUCUUUUCAUCGUCCCAUUAGCACUUGGGUUAAACCACCCAAACUGUGACCUGACCAAGACUCAAGACCAAGGCUCCACCCUAAGAAUCUUCCACAUAGACAGCCCUUGCUCCCCUUUCAAAUCAUCAUCCCCACUCUCAUGGGAAGCGCGUGUGCUGAAGACGCUGGCUCAAGACCAGGCCCGUCUCCAGUACUUGGGCAACCUCGUCGCCAAGAGAUCUGUCGUCCCCAUCGCCUCAGGGCGUCAAAUGUUGCAGAGCACCACAUACAUUGUCAAGGCUUUGAUAGGAACUCCUGCUCAGUCAUUGCUCCUAGCCAUGGACACGAGCAGUGACGUGGCUUGGAUUCCUUGCUCAGGCUGCGUUGGUUGUCCUUCUAACACCGCCUUUUCUCCCGCCAAGUCCACCUCCUUCAAGAACGUAAGCUGCAGCGCUCCUCAGUGUAAACAGGUUCCGAACCCCACGUGCGGAGGACGCGCGUGCUCGUUCAACCUCACUUACGGAAGCUCCUCCAUUGCGGCUAACCUCUCCCAGGACACGAUCCGCCUCGCCUCCGACCCGAUCAAAGCCUUUACAUUCGGAUGCGUCAACAAAGUCGCCGGUGGAAGCACCAUCCCACCGCCACAAGGCUUGUUGGGCUUGGGUAGAGGCCCACUCUCACUCAUGUCACAGGCUCAGUCCAUUUACAAGUCCACUUUCUCUUACUGUUUGCCAAGUUUCAGGUCUCUGGCCUUCUCCGGUUCGCUCAGACUCGGUCCUACCUCCCAGCCCCUGCGCGUGAAGUACACUCCACUUCUUAAAAACCCUAGAAGGUCUUCUCUGUAUUACGUCAACCUCGUAGCCAUCCGCGUCGGUCGGAAAGUCGUCGAUUUACCUCCGGCAGCUAUUGCUUUCAAUCCUUCAACCGGCGCUGGAACCAUCUUUGACUCCGGGACUGUGUACACGCGGCUGGCUAAACCGGUAUACGAGGCAGUGAGGAACGAGUUCAGGAAGCGCGUGAAGCCACAUACCGCCGUCGUGACGUCACUCGGAGGUUUCGACACGUGCUACACAGAGAAAGUGACGGUGCCGACGAUAACAUUCAUGUUCAAGGGAGUGAACAUGACGUUGCCGGCUGAUAACCUGAUGCUACACAGCACCGCCGGGAGCAGGUCGUGUCUCGCCAUAGCCGCAGCGCCGGAAAACGUAAACUCUGUCGUCAAUGUCAUCGCGAGCAUGCAGCAGCAGAACUACCGUGUCCUCAUCGACGUUCCCAAUGGACGGCUCGGUUUGGCACGUGAACGAUGCUCUUAGAAAGAUGAAUGAGACAAUAAGAGCCUACUCAUAUUUAUGCAGAGACUUGUUUGUUUGUGUUAUUUGUGUGUUUCAUUUUUGUCCUUUCUCUUGUUGUUUGCUUCACCAGUCUUAGAGGGCGGUGGUGUGUAGCAUUUGUGCUGUCUAUAGCAUUUGUGCUAUGCUAUCUAGUCAUUUUUAUGGUUUUUUAAUUGUUCUUGAAUUUUCUAGAGAUUUGGGUCUUAACUAAUCAAGAUAUCAAAAUAAUGAAACUACAUAUUUGGUCCUUACA